AUGAUCCAAAUCCAGAAAAUCCUACAUGCCUAUGAUGUAGGCAUUUUCACAAUUAUGGAAGCAAACCUUUCGGAUGACAAACUGAAAUACUACCAAUUCCCAGGUUACACCCUGUACCUUCUACCUAAAUACCGGCAUGUUGCAAGUGGAAUUCUGACUGGAGUAAAAGAAGGCCUCACAUCACAUUACGAUCUAAUCAAGAGUAUGGGCUCGACACAAAACAUGUGUGAAAUAAUCCGAUUAAAUGCUUGGAAAUGUCAAAAACACUUCAAGAUAUACGCGGUCUAUAAUCCAUCCCAUAAUAGUCCCAGCUUUGAUUUUCUGAACAUCUCACACAAAACUGUAGUAUUAGGAGAUUUCAAUGCACAUUUCACCAGAUUGGGCUAUAAGAAUAUAAACCUAGCUGGAAAGGAAAUCGAAGACAUGCCAAACAGCGACAUUCUAGAACUUAUUUACAGCAUUAAGAUCCUGCUUCAUAUUUGCACCACAAUGAAACCAGAACAACUCCUGACUUGCUCCUGGCUUCAACCGACAUCAGCGAGCAGUGACUUGCUCCUGGCUUCAACCGACAUCAGCGAGCAUACAUACCACAAAAUAACUGACGAUCCUGGUUCUGAUCACAAACCAGUCAUUGCUAGUGUGGUUCUGACAAUAGCCACGUCAUUGCUAGUAUUACCAUCGGCAGCAAAAGCAUAUCAAAGGCGCAAAAUAAAGACGAUCCUGGUUCUGGUCACAAACCAGUCAUUGCUAGUGUGGUUCUGA